AUGAGCAACGUCCACGCUGUAGCCGCCAGCGGCUUUGCCUCGGGCACGAACGAGAAGUAUGAUCGCGUUCGCCCGUCAUACCCAGCUGGAUCUCUCAAGCAGGUAUACGACCUCUUCCCGCAAGACGUACACGAGCGCGGACUAAAAAUCCUCGAACCAGGAGCGGGGACAGGUAUCUUUACGCGCCUGAUGGUCGCUCCUCCCACCGACGAGUAUCCCACAUGGAACAUCGACACCCUGGUCGCCGUUGAGCCGUCUGAGGGUAUGCGAGAGGCAUGGGAGAAGGGGCUGGAGAAAGUCGCGCCGGGCUCGAAGAACGCCAAGAUCGUUGACGGGACAUUCGAUGACUUCUCCAAGGCGUCCGAGUUUGGGAUCAAGGAGGGUUCGGUGGAUCUGAUCAUCAUCGCUCAGGCAUGGCACUGGUGUCCGGAUCACGAGGCGGCAUUUACCGAAGCAGCCAAGUACCUCUCACCCAAUGGCAUCUUUGCCUUCAUCUGGAACCUCGAGUCGGGUAGUGUUCCGUGGCAGAUGCGUAUCCGGGAGCUGUACCAGCCGUACGACCGAGGAACACCUCAGUACUACCGAGGCUGGUGGCGCGAGGGGUUCAAGGCGGCUGCGUUCGGCAAGAACUUCCAGGAUCCCGAGGAGAAGCAGGUGUCUUGGUACCGCACGGUCGACGAUCAGAGCUCGAUAGAGAAGAUCAUGACCAAGUCGUACCUCACGGAAGCCUAUCUUCAGGGUGAAGAGCGUCAGAAGUUCAUCAAGGACUUCCAGGCCCUACUUGACGAGGCGGAACCGGAGAAGGAGUACGUGGACAAAGAGAAGGGCACGUACAAGUGGAAGUACGAUACUGACCUUGUGAUUAUGCGGAAGAAGUAG